UUGCGCGUGUGACGGCUGGGGUGAGGCACACUUGAGCCUGUCGCUACUGAGUCCUGGGAAGAUGAAUCCCCUAUUCCGUCUUGCCUCCUGGGUUCCUACAGCACAAGGACACGGAGGCCCCUGAGCUGCUCUGUCCCCCAGGACCCAACUCCAAGCUGGCUAGACUGGGCUACCGGAGGAAUGCAGCACCGCCGGCCGACGGACACAGGACUCGUGUGACCCAAGCUGGGCUAAUAAGGACGUGGACCAACAAGGACAGAGGAUGAGCAGGAAAAGAGACUGCAGGAGCCUGGAUGGUGAGCGCUGCUGAGAUGCGAGCCUGGAGGACCUGGGGAGGAAGGCAGGCUGGGGAACAGGCAUCAGCCAGCUCUCGAGCCGGCUCCCAGGGAGGACUCGGUGGAACUUCAGAAACACUGGGCAGCUCUGCCUUUGGACCAAUGCCCCCGUCCCUGGGAGCCGACAUGUGGGGGCCUGAGGCCUGGCUGCUGCUGCUGCUCCUGGCGUCAUCUACAGUCCGGUGCCCGGCGGGCGAGCUGGAGACCUCCGACCUGGUGACCGUGGUACUGGGCCAGGACGCAAAGCUGCCCUGCUUCUACCGAGGGGACCCUGGCGAGCAGGUGGGGCAGGUGGCCUGGUUGCGCGUGGAUGCGGGUGCCGCUGCCCGGGAGCUGGCGCUGCUGCACUCCGAGUAUGGGCUGCACGUGAGCGCGGCCUACGAGGGCCGCGUGGAACGGCCGCCGCUCCCACGGAGCCCCCAGGACGGCGCGGUGCUCCUGCGAAACGCCGUGCAGGCCGACGAGGGCGAAUACGAGUGCCGCGUGAGCACCUUCCCCGCAGGCAGCUUCCAGGCGCGGCUGAGGCUGCGCGUGCUGGUGCCUCCCCUGCCCUCACUGAAUCCUGGUCCGGCGCUAGAAGAGGGCCAGGGGCUGACCCUGGCCGCCUCCUGCACAGCAGAGGGCAGCCCAGCCCCCAAUGUGACCUGGGACACAGAGGUCAAGGGCACAACCUCCAGCCGCUCCUUCAAGCACUCCCGCUCAGCUGCUGUCACAUCAGAGUUCCACCUGGUGCCUAGCCGCAGCAUGAACGGGCAGCCACUUACCUGCGUGGUGUCCCACCCUGGCCUGCUGCAGGACCAAAGGAUCACUCACAUCCUGCAAGUGGCCUUCCUUGCCGAGGCCUCUGUGAGGGGUCUUGAAGACCAGAAGCUGUGGCAGGUUGGCAGAGAAGGGGCUGUUCUCAGAUGCCUGAGUGAAGGGCAGCCUCCCCCCUCCUACAACUGGACACGGCUGGACGGGCCUCUGCCGAGCGGGGUGCGAGCGGAAGGGGACACCUUGGGCUUUCCCCAGCUGACCACUGAGCACAGUGGCGUCUACAUCUGCCACGUCAGCAAUGAGCUGUCCUCGAGGGAUUCUCAGGUCACUGUGGAGGUUCUUGCGGCCGUGUCCACAGGCCCCGACGAGGCCCCCGGGAGGCAGGUUGACCUGGUGUCGGCCUCCAUGCUGGUGGUAGGUGUCAUCGCAGCGCUCCUGGUUGGCCUCCUGGUGGCAGUGGUGCUGCUGAUGGCCCGGUACCAUCGGCGCAAGACCCAGCAGAUGACGCAGAAAUAUGAGGAGGAGCUGACCCUGACCAGGGAGAACUCCAUUCGGAGGCUGCAUUCCCAUCGCUCAGACCCCAGGAGCCAGCCGGAGGAGAGUGUAGGGCUGAGAGCCGAGGGCCACCCUGAUAGUCUCAAGGACAACAGUAGCUGCUCUGUGAUGAGUGAAGAGCCAGAGGGCCGGAGUUACUCCACGCUGACCACCGUGAGGGAGAUAGAAACACAGACUGAGCUGCUGUCUCCAGGCUCCGGGCAUGCCGAGGAGGAGGAAGAUGGGGACGAAGGCAUCAAACAGGCCAUGAACCACUUCGUGCAGGAGAACGGGACGCUGCGGGCCAAGCCCACCGGCAAUGGCAUUUACAUCAACGGGCGGGGGCACCUGGUGUGACCAGGCCCCCCACCCGGCGCCCGCUCCAUCUGCUGACAGGGGCAUCUCUGGGCCCCAAACACCCAUUUCUUCAGGAAGAUGCUCCCACCCCACUGACUGCUCAUCCUCUUCCUCCAGCCCUUCCGUUCAAUGACCGGAGGACUGAGUCCUUCCUGUGAGUGUGUGUGUGUGUGCGCGCGCGCGCGCGCAUGUGAGUGUUGGCUGACUGCGUGUGCGUGGACGGGUGAUUGUGGUGUGCAUGGUGCUGUCGUGUCAGAGUCUAGGUGACUGGUCUGUAUGAGCCACAGGACUCGGGCAGCUGCCUGGGGAAGGCCGACUGGUCGCUGGUGUGCUAUGUGACUCAGGCCUGCCUGCGGACACAGUAUUUCCCUCACACCCCAGAGCAGUAUUAAGGAGCCGGAGGAUGGAGGCGACAGGUGGACGCUGCGGGCACAGCCAGGUGUGGGGGCACAGCUGGAGCUGGAAUCUGGCAUCCCAAGUGGGGGAGCGGGCUCCUACCACCUGGGAGCCGAGGGGCGAGUGGCCUGGGGGUCUGCGAUUUCCCACUGCUUGAGAAGGAGCCCUCUGCCCUCCAGCCUGGAGCCUGCUGCUCGUACAGACUUUCUGUGAAUGCACCUGCCGAGGGGCUUCUGUAAGGACCACUGCUGCGCACCCUCUAAUAAGAGAAGAGGCUUGAUAUGUGUGAAUGUUUGUUAUUACCAGGAUUGUUCAAAGUUAGGCCAGUUUACACAGCAAUUCAGCAAAGUAGCCUGCACUCACACCCCCUCUCAGGGGGUUACUUCCUGUGGUUCUGAAAUGUGCUCCUUGUGAGGCAUCUUAACCUAGGUGGAAUCUUGGGGGGAGCCUGCAGUGACUGGCUUGGGGGGACAGACUAGGGUCCUCGGCCCUCUCGGCCCCCAGCUCGUCCCCUCGCCUCCUGUCUCUUCUCAGUUGUGUGCACAGUUUUUGGUGGUCCCUUGGGGGGUUGUUGGGACUUGGUAACAGGGCUCCUGGUUCAGUUGUGGUGUAGGGGAGAGAGGGUAGUGGCUCCAAGGAGCGUGGAGGUGCCGGUCAAGGAGCUGCUGGGGACAAGCGUGUCCCCAUCCCCCAGGGGUCUUGGGGCCACCACCUCAGGGCUUCUGUGGCAGUUUCUCUGGGUGGAGGCUGGGGUUAGAUAGGGUGUGUUAAUGCCCGGUCCAGCCAAACACUCUUAGCCGGAAUACCUAGAUUUGUGCCCAAACCCUGCUUGGCCUGCAAUGGGCUGGAGUUCUGGACCAAAGGAGAGACUCCCAGCCUGACCCUGUGCCCCAGCCAGCCCCGGACUUUGGGUUUGGACCCUCGUAUGUACAUUCUGUAUAAAUAUAUGCAUAUCUGUACAUAAAAUGAUAUUCUGUUUUUAAAUAAACAGAUAGAACCUG